AUGUUGGUCCACAUCAUUCAACGUUGUUGAAUGUUACAUUGUUGAGUCUGUUGACCUUAGUUGAACACUACGGUAAUGUUGUCUGAUGUUUGAAGAUGUUGGAUUUGGUUUAUAGCAUUCUUUGAAAUUUUCAUCCAACAUAUUCCAAACAUCAUCACGACAUCGUUGGACCAAUAAUGUAGGACGAUGUUGAACGAUGUUGAAUGGGGCUUAGGAUAAGGAAUGUAAAUAUAUUUUAUAGUAAUAAUAGAUAGCUUCAAGUUCAAUAGCUUCAUUUUUGAGACAUUUCAUUUUGUUCGAUAUGUACGUAAGUGAACUAGAUAUCUAUAAGCAAAUCAAUGGGUAAUUGCUCAUGUUCUGACGUUGCUACUUCAAAUGAUUAUUUGUGUGCAUAUGUAAUAAUUUGGGUCAUUCCAAGAAGAAAUGUAAUUUAUUAUAUGAGUAUUGAAUUUUAUACGCGAUAAAGUUGUCGAAUAAAAACCAUAUGCCUAAAAUUUCUGAGGAUCUCAUUGGACAUAUGACAUUCGCCACUAGUGAAGAACGUCGUAUUAGCCUUCUCAUUGGACGUACGGAAUUUGUCACUAGUGAAAAAUUUCGUAUUUAGGCUACUUUUCCCGCCGCGCCACUGGCGUACAAGAAAACAAAAAAUCAGUUUUUUUAGAUGUCCGUUCGACUUUUGAUUUGAAAUGGCUUCACGCUUCGCAGAGACACCAUCCGUAAGCGAAUUCAUUGAACAACAGGAGAAUAAUAAUACAAGAAAUAAAACACUGCAGGACAUUGGACUUCUUCAACAAUUUCUAUCGUCGAAAAAUGAAUUGCGAAGGAUCGAGGACAUUUCCGUAGAGCAACUUAAUGAAUACCUGAGCGAAUUUAUUAUUUCUGUUCGAAAGAAAGAAGACCAGGGAGAAUAUGAACCUAGUUCCCUUCGUUCUAUGUUUGCCAGCUUCGAGAGGUAUUUGAAGAAAAAGAAUGGGUUUAGUAUCAUGAUGGAUAAGAGCUCUGAACGUGCCCGAAAAGCUUUGCAAUCAAAACAAAAAGAGCUCAAGCAAAAAGGAAAAGGGAACAAACCGAACGCUUCCGUUGCUCUUAGCGAAGAUGAAGUCAAACUGCUUUACGAGAAAGAACUUUUGGGAAUUUCGAGUCGCGAAGCGUUGCUAAACACGGUUUGGUUUAACAAUACUAUUCACUUCGGCCUUCGUGGUUGCAAAGAACACCGCGAUAUGUGCUGGGGCGACGUAAAACCAUGCAAGAACGCGAAUGGAGAGGAAUAUUUAGAGUAUUUUGAGCGACAGACGAAAACACGUACAGGAGACAACCCAAGAGAUGUUAGAAAAGUAACGCCAAAAAUGUAUGCUAUCCCCACAAAUCCGCCGGAAAAAGAUCCUGUCUUUGUUUACAAGUUCUACGCAGAAAAACGUCCGAAUGAAAUGAAUACAGACGAAGCACCGUUUUACCUCGCCGUAAACCACUGCAAAAAGGUUUCAUCUGAUAAGUCUUGGUUUAAAAAAUCUGCUAUUGGUGUGAACACACUAAAUUCGCUGAUGAAAAGAAUGGCUGAGAAAGCUGGCCUUGGUCCAAACAUCAGCAAUCAUAGCGGGCGAAAAACGAUGAUGCAAACUUUGACCAACAACGAUGUUCCUCCCACAGACAUAGUUCAACUUUCUGGGCAUGCAAAGCGUUACGAAUUAUUCAACCGUAAGCCAAAACCAGCAAAUGAAAAUGUCUCGAGCCUUAGCGAACUUGGCGACUUGCAAAGAGUCCUCCACUUCGAGUAUUAG